AGUAUUUCUAAACUCCAGGUCCUCCUCCAACCGCAAAGCGAUCUUUCAUCACCUGUAUUUGCAUUCAGAAACGAAACCAACCGUGUUUUUAGUUUUCUCAUUUUCCGAUCGACGAUCUACAAAAUGCUCGCCGUCUUCGACAAAUCGGUGGCCAAAAGUCCCGACGCUCUGCAGAGCCCUGAGUCUGAUUCCGUCUGGGCUCUCAAAGAUGGAAUUUUGGCUCAGCAUUUUAGCUCCGUCUACCCUGGUUCUGUCAUCGUCAACCUCGGCUCCGCCGGUCUCUUGGCCUAUUCCGUCGAAAAGCAAAACCCUCUCCUCCCCAGAUUAUUUGCGGUUGUGGACGACAUUUUCUGCUUGUUCCAAGGGCACAUUGAGAAUGUUGCUCAACUCAAGCAACAAUAUGGUUUGAACAAAGCUGCAAACGAGGUUAUUAUUGUUAUUGAAGCCUAUCGAACACUAAGAGAUCGAGGUCCAUACCCAGCUGAUCAAGUCGUGAGAGAUAUUCAAGGAAAAUUUGUGUUCGUCCUAUAUGACAGUUCCUCAAAAACUGCAUUUUUUGCUUCUGAUGCUGAUGGGAGCGUUCCCUUCCACUGGGGAACUGAUUCUGAAGGACAGCUUGUUCUCUCUGAUGAUGUAGAAACUAUGAAGAAGGGUUGUGGAAAAUCUUUUGCUCCUUUCCCCAAAGGUUGUUUCUUCACAACUUCUGGUGGGUUGAGGAGUUAUGAGCAUCCACUUAACGAGCUGAAGCCAGUGCCAAGGGUGGAUAGUUCAGGUAAUGUCUGUGGAGCCAAUUUCAAGGUGGAUGCAGAGGCUCGAAAGGAAAGUUCUGGUAUGCCAAGAGUUGGGAGUGCUGCAAAUUGGUCUUCAAACUACUGAGUGCAUUAAUUCGGCAAGGGCUUCUUUACUUUGCCUUGGCCUUCCUACUACGGCUUUUUUCCAUAUUUCCAUCAUUUUACACCUCUAACUGUGCCUUGUAAAUGGGUACUGAGGUUUAUACUUUACUUUCCGUAAUGGGCAUGUUCAUGCAGUUAACUUAUAUCUUAUGAAUCUUGUUGGCUUAACUGAGUUUCAUUCUGGUUGCGGUGGAAUAAUAGUUUGUUUUCCUAA